UUGUGGGCCACCUCAGACAGAGCUUCCUCGUUCUCGACAAAACCCUAAUCUUUUCUUUCUUUUUUCAUAUAAUCCCCCUCUCGGAGGAAAAAAAAUCCCUAAAAAAAAUUCAAAGAAAAGAAAAAAAAAAAAGAAUCCCCAAAUGAAUAAAACCCUAGAACUCAGAUCUAUCUGUUGAUUCAGAAUCAUAUCUCAGAUCUGUGUAUUUUAAGAAAUGUCUGAUGUAUUAAAAGACGAUUCGAUUGAAAUCAGAGAUGUAUGGAGUGAUAAUCUGGAAUCUGAGUUUGAAUAUAUUCGUAAAAUAGUUGAUGAUUUUCCAUAUAUAGCUAUGGAUACUGAGUUUCCAGGGAUUGUUUUGCGUCCAGUUGGUAAUUUCAAAACUAGUUCUGAAUAUCAUUAUCAAACACUUAAAGCAAAUGUUGAUAUGUUGAAAUUGAUUCAAUUAGGGCUUACUUUUUCUGAUGAAGAUGGGAAUUUACCAACAGGGAACGAUAAUAAGUACUGUGUUUGGCAAUUCAAUUUUAAGGAGUUUAAUGUGAAUGAUGAUGUGUUUGCUCAAGAUUCCAUUGAAUUGUUGCGGCAAUGUGGGAUUGAUUUUGGUAAGAAUAGUGAAAAGGGGAUUGAUGCUCUUCGUUUCAGUGAGUUGUUGAUGACAUCUGGGGUUGUGUUGAAUGAUAAUGUUCAUUGGGUUACGUUUCACAGUGGUUAUGAUUUCGGGUACUUGUUGAAGCUGCUUACUUGUAGGACAUUGCCUGAUUCACAGACUGAGUUUUUCGAGCUUAUCAAAGUGUUUUUCCCAGAGAUUUAUGAUAUCAAACAUUUGAUGAAGUACUGUAACAGCCUUCACGGUGGGUUGAACAAGCUUGCGGAAUUGCUUCGUGUGGAAAGAGUUGGGGUUUGUCAUCAAGCUGGUUCUGAUAGUUUGCUCACUGCUUGUACAUUCAGGAAACUGAAACAGCAAUACUUUAGUGGAUCAACUGAGAAAUACUCAGGUGUGUUGUAUGGUCUUGGUGUUGAAAAUGGCCAAAAUACUAAUUGAAAGAAAAAAGUUCAGAAUUAUUAAAUAAAAGGAAAAAAAAAACGUUUUGGUUGAUUA